AUGUCGGAACUUUCCCCCACUUCCCACAAUCUCGCCAAGAAGCCCAAGCAAAAGCGGCCGAACCCACAGCAGCGCCGACGCCGUGAGGCAUAUAGACUUGCUCGCAUCGCCGCCGAGCUAGAAGCUCCUGGUGGACUGAAGAGCGUUUUGAAUGCGACCGGUACGACUGCGGCCACUGCUACGGCAGUGGAAGAAUGUCUGCGCGAGCAGACUUCUUCGGUGCGAAGCGCUGUUGGGAUGAACCAGCAUAAGGUCGUCAAGAAGAUCAAAGAGUCAGCCGCGGAGCACGAUGGGGCCGAAGCCGCAAGGGGCUCUGCUGUGACUGCUUCUGCCGUCACUACUACGGCGUACGGCGCACCUACGGGUGCAGAAGUGUUGCUCACGGCGGAGACCGGUGGCUCGGUUCCCACAAGCGUGCCGAAUCGAAAGAUUCGCCGCUUGCGCGAGAGAGCUAUGAAGGCGGGCAGAGGGGCCAGAAGGAACACCUGCGACGCAGAUCUUGAACCGGGAGCAGCUGGAGCCAAUUUGGCUAGCUGCUCCUCGGGAAGGAAGAAGCAGACGUCAGGGGAGGCGCAUGCCGCCCGACGAGCGAGGCUUCGGAAGCCGAGCAGCGUCAAGGCUAAAGCACUAGAGGCCGUAACCAUGCUGCCAAAGCUGGAGCGGGAAGAGUGUGAAGCGCAACAAGAACUCAACGCGAACUCGUUGUGGGAGGCAUUUCUGAAGGCCGACGGCCACACACAGUCGUUGGUGUGUGAGCACCUACAGCUCCGCUCAACCGGGGAGAAGAAGGCAGAGGGUCAGAGAAUGACCCUUCCGAACACUACCACCGGAGAAACUGGCGCGAAGAAACCCAGUAAUCCUGGUAGCAAGGUGCAGGCUACGGCCAACUCUUCCCUCGAGAUGAGGUGGAGAGCCGAGUCCCCCAUCGCCGACAAGGAGACUGCCGGGAAGCGGUCGGCUUCCGAGAAGAUUCCGAAGAGCGCCGAGCCCAGACCACCAGCUGCGCCCGCGCAGCUGGCUCCUCAUCUCCGUGCAAGGCUGGCGUCAGACCCUCGUUCCCCGGUGGUUGAGACCUCGUGUCACCUUCGCAAGAAGGUGAUCGAGUAUAUCACCGCCGUGGAAGACUUGGAAGUUGCGCCGUACCUCGAAUGA